AUCAUGGGAGAUUCAGCUACCCCCAAAAAAAUGUUUCGCUUGGUUAGAAGAAGGCCUAAAAAUUCAGAAUCAGAAACACCAAUUACACCACACCUUAGUCUAGAUUUGGAUGAGGACACUAUGAAUACUUCAUCAUCGGAAACGCCAGUUAAAUUUCACCUAAAACGACAUUUGCCGGAAUCUUUAGUUGAGUCUUCAUUGGAUGAUAUCAUUCAGAAGAAUUUAGAACCAAUGAGAGAACGCACAGAAAGAAAAAAACUUGCCCAGGAGAUUUAUUACAAGAAAAAUGGUACUUCAUGUGUAAGCCCUAUGAUACGUGAAACCCAAAAGCGACCCGUUAAACAUCGAUUAGGCAGAGUCGCAUACACUGGUACCAGCACUUCAGCAGUUCCACCGAAGAGACGUCUCAACAAAAAUAUUACCCUCAAUAAUACUAUUAGGCACCGACUUAAGCCAAUCAAUUAUGCACAGAUGCGUAUAAAUAAAAUACGGGAAAACCAAAGAUUGCAGGCAGCAAUAGCGAACGAUUCAACAGUGAAUAUGCAAAAGUCAGUAAUUAGAUUAAGACGUACGGUACCCAGCUUCCAAGUUCAAAUAAAAAAUAGUCGCUUAUUGGCUACAAACAUUAAACGAUUUAAAUUAGAGCUCAAUGAUGAAAUUCAACUACAGUUACAAGAUCUAAAACAAUGCUAUUCUGGAGAAAAAAUAAUAAAUUUUAGAGUUGCUCCUGAAACAACAAAUACCUCAAUUGAUCAUAGAUUUUCAAAUUUAAGUUAG